CCCCGGAGACAAGAACGCAAAACAUUGUUGGACGUCACAGAGGACGCAGAACACCGCCUCUCCGAGCGCUCCAAGGAGUCUUAAAGGGGCCGCUGCCUCCGCGGCGAUGCGCUUGCGAGGAGCGGUCAGGUGCACCGCAUCAUGGAAGGCGCUUCCGAAAACGCAGGGAAGGAGGACCAUGGAGCCGAGGAUCCAGAGAGUGAAGAUUUUGAGCAAGGAUAUUCAGCUCCAGCAACUGAUAUUUCUAGUGGGGCAUCUGAAGAUAAUUUGACAGUUCCAGAUUUUGGCAGCAUUACAGAGGUGGAAUUGGAGACCAUAUAUGGACUAGAUAUAGAACCAGAUGCUGAAGAAUAUCCAGGAAGGACAGAAAGUAGAACUUUUGUGUCUUCAGAGAGGUCUUCCCAUGAGGAGAUUCAAAUGGAGAAGGCUGAUGGCAUUUCAGAGCCAGACUCAGCAGUUACUCCCUCAGAAACAGUGACAGAGUCACCCUACGAAGAAGAACUACCCUCUGAAGGCACCAAGUCACCAUUGCCAAGCACAGGUACAAAGGGUUAUCCUACAAUCCUUGGAGGAGUCAGGAGAGAAAUUUCCUCUCUAUACAAGUUAAGCAGGGAGACAUUGGAUACCAUGGAUGCUGAUAUGUUCCAGAAACCCUUUAGGGUGUCUGUCUCCAUGCAGACAGAUUCUAGUUGGCUUUAUGAUCACAUGUUCAAGAAAAAGCCCAAGAUGAAGCGGAAGGAUGAAAACGCCCUUCUUGGGAAUGAUUUCUACGCUGUCUUGCCCCAAGAUUUCAGCGGUUUAGACAUUUUAUGCGACUCGGAGUUUAAAGAAGAAUUCACAAAGCUGUUUCAGGAAUCGUUGCAAACACUCUCCAGCGUUGGGCCUCCGACUAUCCUAGCAUAUAGACGGGAAACAUCACGAGGAGACAUUGAAAUAGCGUUGGAGGAAGAAUAUCCUGCAUAUUGCGAGUUCUGUGGCAGCUUGUUGAGAAUCUAUCCUUCAUUUGACAGUCUAGAAAAAAUAGCUGAAUAUGAAUCUCUUUUCUGUUGCCAGGAAUGCAGAAACCUACAGGAGUUCCUUGUGAAUGAAAAGAAGAACUUAAAAGAGAGGGUAGUGGAACGGAUAGAUGUCAGUCCCCAUAAAGCCCACGGGACUGAGGCGGAGAGGAAAUUAGCACGGGAAAGAGCCCGCCAAAGGAUGCGAGAGAGACAAGUGGCAAAACAGUUGUCCUUCUUGGUAGCGCAACAAGGAAAACAAAUCUCUCCAGUACAUUCCACUCCUGAGCAUAAUAAACAACUCAGAACUAUUUCAUACGUUCUGUCCCAAGAGCCUCCAUCUUCAACAGGCUGGACUAAGAUUCCUGUCAUUCCAGCUGAACAAAGGGGAAGUGAAGAAAUCACCUAUAACAUCUCUUGCUGUGAUUUCACCAUUGCAGGUGGAAAGUUAUUGAAGAACCAGUUCUUGCAACAAUACUACAAAAAUGGUGUAAAGUUUCUAACUAUGUUUCCGGAUGGGACGGCGCAAAUAUUCUAUCCCUCUGGAAAUCUGGCAGUUAUUGUUGUGCAAAAGAAGGAGAGUAACGGUUAUAUUUGUAUUGUGCAAGAAGACAGCUCUGAGAAUGCAAGCAUCCAAGCGGUAUUUGAAUCCUCUGGACAAGGGACUUGCUAUCAUCCCAAUGGAAUUGUAUGGAUAAAUAUUACAGUUCGAGGAGGACAUUAUUCAGACCAUGGUGGCAGCAAAGUGAGAACAUGGAUCUGGCCCAACCACUUGCAGAAGUACACUCCCACUGUAGAAUUUAAGCCUGUAUUUGUGUCCUUGAACCAGAAUGUUGGUGUCAGGAUUCUUGGGCAAGAAAAAGUUGCCAUUUCCUUCCUGGCAAUGGGGAAGCAAGCAAAAAUCAACGUAGGAACCAAAGUGAAGCCAUCCACAAAUCACCAUCCAUGGCCAAGGCACGUGUCUGAAGAUGACCUUGUGCUGUUUGCAAGCAGAAUAAAGAUUCUCAAGGUGUUUGCUAAAUUGCAUGGCUGUUUAGAAUUUUCUUCCAAUGAUCAGUGGACUAAAAUUCAGUUCCCUUCAUACAUUUCGAAACAGGCUUUGAAGUUGAUGGACCUUUGUAGAGAGUCUGCUAUAAAUGCUACUCUGGACAAUUUAAUCAUGUCAAUAAUAAACAUUUCAGCCUGAUUA